CAGGGAGGUGGGCUUAGCUCCUUCGUCACCGAAACUUCAGUCUCGAUUGAUCAAAGAGCUACUCUCAGGUGACACAAAGAUCCCAGGUGACCGACAGUCAUGAGGUUCCUUUACCUGCUUCUUGCUGUUCUCUUCUUCCUCUUCCAGGCUUCCUCAGGCUUUGUGGACGUCGCCCCAGCUGACACCGUGGCAUGCAGAAGUCAACAGAAUUUCUGCCGCCUCGGGACCUGCCCUCCAACAUUUGAAGCUUCAGGCACUUGCCACAACGGAGCCUUGCUUUGCUGUUCAAAGUAAAGUGCUACCCAAGCUGUGGAAAACCACACGGGUUCCAGGAGUCUAAGAGAUUUCCUCACAACACCAGAACCAUUCACACUGCCUGACGGAAGCCUACUCAAUGAAUUCCUUUUUCUAGACCUUCCUGCAAGAUCAUUAGAACAAAAGUUUCCUACAACCAUAUGAUGGGGUGGGGGAACAACCAAUCAAAGUCAUCUCCAGCUCUCCGAGACCCACUUGUCUUGCUUUUAAUUAAUACAGCGGCCUUGCCAGCACUUUGCAUGAGUAUUCCAGUCUACCUCGCCGGGAUGUUUCCAAUACUAAUCAGUUCAUGUUUUUGCAGCUGUUUGGGAGAUGAAGGAUAAAACAUAUUCAAAUUAUGAUUUUAGUCAUGAAAAAAAUAAAGGGUAUUUUAACCUUAUUGCUGUGAUCGUGCACUGUUGUGUUUUUUUUAAGCCAGUAAUAGGUUGGCUUCAGAGGUUGGAUAGGAAACAGUUAUUGAUGUAAACGGUUUUUCUUUUUUAACAUCUGCGCCCGAAAGCUUGCUAAGAACUUUUUUCCAACGACUCAGUUGGUCUAAUAAAAGAUAUCACAUCUA